CGGAGAGUGUAGCGUUGGAAACAAGAAGCAGUCACUUCUUAUAAGCGAACCGAUGCUGGGGGACACAUGUGAGAGCAGUGGUUUUAUAUAGCCCGCCCGCCUCUCGCUUUGGCAGCUUCUCAGGAACACCGGGGGCUCAUUCACUCUACUUCCGAGAGAAAAUAAAGGACAACGUGGCCAACUCUUCUCAGAGGACUAUUUACACUUUGACGCCCCUCUGAGCUUCUUAUGGGAGUGGGUGAAUGCCGAAGGGUAAACAUGAUAGGCUCUACCUUUUGUGUCCUCACCAUAUAAAAGAAAAAAAAAGGUGAGAGCGACUCCCUCUCUGCACACGCUCUAACUCAGCAGCAGGAACGUGCUUCCCCCAACCCUCAUGGGAAAUUAAAGGUGGCCGGGUUAACAGCAUAUUGACAAGCAGGAGUGUGUGCAUGACCAGGAAGUGCCCGUAUGCAGUAAUGAGAGGUGUGGCAAGGGCAACCGGAGGGGUACAAAAGGUGUAUCCUGGCAACAGGUGUGCCUUGGUCAGGAAAUAUAGCAGACGAUGGAGGUGGGCAAGGUUAUCGAAGACUCUCUCAAGAAGCGUGGAAUAAAAAGGGACUGCGAUGUUUCUCAACUCAGCCUUGCCACAGAAAAACUCACCAGUGUUCCUGAUUUAUCAAGAUUUCACUUUCUGAGGACGUUGUGGCUGAACAACAACAAGAUCAGAGAGCUCAGCUGCCGUUCCAUCAACUGUUGCUUGACUGAGCUUUACCUUCAAAAUAACAACAUCAAGUCUGUCUCAGGUGCUCUAAGUCAUCUGACCUGCCUGCAAAUUCUGUUUCUUCACAACAACUGGAUCAGAGGGUUGGAGGAUACGAUGCACGAGCUCAGGAGGAUGCAGCAGCUCCAAAAUGCCACUUUUUUCCUCAAUCCCAUUUCUCAUGAACUUGGCUAUCGCCAUCAUGUGAUCCACCGCUUGCCCUCACUCCAGAUCUUAGAUGGAAAAGAAGUGAAGCCAGCAGAGAGGAAGACGUCGUUCCAGAUUUACAGUCAGGAUCGUCACCGCGUCCUCCAGUCUGUGGCUUUUGGAAGACACCAGUCAUAGCUUCUUAACUUCCUAUGCAAGGAGUUCAGUCAUUACACAGUGCAAAGAUUUCUCCUCCACUCUCAUUAUUUCUGUGAUAUGUUCAAAAUAGAGCAAGAGUUGCACUGCAAAUGUUAAUUAGAAUAGCCUACAGUACCAGUAAACCAAAACAGUAAAGGUUUAAGAUAAAAAAAAGAAGAAGCUACAACUGAAGAUUUCCCCCAAAACCCAUAACAAUCACAGGAAGAAGAACAUAUAAAUCUGAAAUGACCCCAAAAUGUUAUUUGACUGGGUUAGUGGACAGAAGAAUGUGGUUUAGUGUCUACUGAAGUUAGCCUUUGUUUCAAAUCACCAGGAAGCACCAUAUUCUUUCCUCGACAACAUGCUCGAAAUUACAGAUUCUUUGUAGAAGAUAUGCAUGCUCUUUCAAAUGCAGUCAGUUCUGGAUGUUAAAUACCACCAAGGGAAACCAUACAGUAAAGUUACAGCAGCACAAACAAUGUUUACUGAUGCAGAAAUGCACAAUGUUUUUAUGCUUGCAUUCAUACAGCCCUUUAUUCUAAUCCUUGGAUGUCUUUGCCUCAUCAAGGACUCAUACCCAGAUCUAUGCAUUAGGGGGAAUUUGAGUUUCAGUAUCUUGCUCAAGAAAACUCUGGCAUGUAUACUGGAGAAAUCGAACCACCUUCUGAUUAGCAGAACCGCUCUGCCUUCUGGUCCAUCGCUGACAUUUAUGCUUAUGCCAAAAUGAGUUUCCAUACGUCUUUACUAAGCUAUGAAAAGGUGUCAAGUCCCAGAAUGCAUCUUGGUAACUUUUAAUGUUUAUGGGUAAAAGUUUAGUGUUAAUUGGUAUUUUGAACAAAAAAGGCAAGCUAUGCUGAAUACGCUUGUCAUGCCCUCAGGAAGACUCAAAACAAAUCAACAGGGCACACCGAGCACAGCUGGAAACACAAAAGUAAUGUGCAGUUUGUGAUCAUUUGUGAUCAGGGGUAAGUGCGUUUCACAGGAUUUACAGGCUAUCCAUUGACCGUACAAGUGUGUGCACUAAACACACUCAGAUGCUUUCAGAAGUGAGUGUACAAAGAUAAAUAAAUACACUUAAAAAAUGAAAAUCUACAGCAUAUUUCAGUAAAGUUGGUCAGUGUUUAAUGUAUUUAAGAUCAAGCUGUCAGACAUAUUGGAAGUCACCAGCUCUCAGAACAAUAACAGCCUUAUUGAACUUGAUAUUUUGACUUCAGCUUCUCUAAUAAUUCCUGGCGCACAACAAAUGAAAGAACAUCAAAACCACAGCAGUGAGAUCUUUCAAGACAAACUGACACUUGGCUUUCUGACAUGAUGUCCUUGUUCAACAGUGGAUGCUGGAGGAAAUGUUUUCAUUUAGUCAGAAUUUGGAAAAUCCUGAGAAUUAAAGUCACAUCUCAUCAUUCACGAAAAAUAAACUGAUGUCAUUUAUAUUUAAAAAUAUACAUUUUUGGUCAACA